ACGCAACCUAAAUGUAAUAUAGCACGACUUACGUACACGUGGCACGUGAUAUAUAUAUAUAUGUUUGUUAAAACUCCCCCUCUUUUCUAUCUCUCAUUUAGUAUACGUGUAAAAACAGGCUUUUGCUUAGUCACUAGUGAUCAUUAGUAUAUUAUUGUGGUUAGUCGACGCUCGACGCACGCCUGGUUCACUUUUGAUAACUUGAUCGCAAACUCGCCAGUCACAAGUGGAGAUAUACAUUUGUCAAGCUCAGAGCAAGGAUCAGAAUACUUCGUCAAUAUGAUGAUUCGAAAGGUUUUUAACUCAAAACUGUAUCAAAUAGUACGACCAUUUUCAGCAGCAGCUGAAUCUCAAGGAUAUAAUUUUGAAUUAUCGGAUACUCAAAAGGAAAUGCAAGAUCUCGCACGGAAAUUUACCAGAGAAGAGAUUAUUCCUGUGGCUGCAAAGUAUGAUAAAUCUGGAGAAUAUCCGUGGGAUAUUGUUAAAAAAGCGUGGAAUCUUGGUCUUUUGAAUAAACAUAUUCCACAAAGUUGUGGUGGUCUGGAAAGUGGUGUUUUCGAUGGAUGCUUGGUUACAGAAGAAUUGUCUUAUGGUUGUACAGGAAUAUCAACCGCGUUAGAGGCUUCUGGUCUUGGACAAACUCCAGUUAUAAUAGCGGGAAAUAAAGAACAACAAAAGAAGUAUCUCGGGAGAUUAAUGGAAGAACCACUUGUCGCGGCAUAUUGUGUUACUGAGCCUGGUGCAGGAUCAGAUGUAGCAGGUAUUAAGACUAAAGCUGAAAAGAAAGGAAAAGAAUGGGUAAUCAAUGGCACAAAAAUGUGGAUUACAAAUGGCGGAGUUGCUAAUUGGUAUUUUGUUCUGGUAAGAACUAAUCCAGAUCCAAAAGCUCCAGCUAACAAGGCUUUCACAGGUUUCAUUGUUGAACGGGAAUCUGAUGGGUUGACUCCUGGUCGUAAGGAAAUAAAUAUGGGACAAAGAGCAAGCGACACGCGGAUGAUAACGUUUGAAGAUGUUCGUGUACCCGAAGAGAAUGUGCUGCUCAAAGAAGGAGAAGGUUUUAAAGUAGCUAUGAAGACCUUUGAUAGAACACGAGCACCGGUCGCAGCAGGCGCGGUCGGUCUAGCUCAGAGAGCUUUGGACGAAGCAACAAAGUAUUCGUUAGAACGCAAAACGUUCAACAAACCAAUAGCGGAACAUCAAGCGGUAGCUUUUAUGCUGGCUGAUAUGGCCGUGGGUGUUGAGACUUCCAGAUUGGCAACGCUGAGGGCAGCCUGGGCUAUGGACAGAAAUUUACCGAAUGCCACAAUGUUCGCUAGCAUCGCAAAAUGUUAUGCUUCAGAUGUGGCUAAUAAGUGCGCCACUGACGCUGUACAGAUUUUUGGUGGCGCAGGAUUUAAUACCGAAUAUCCAGUGGAAAAACUGAUGCGUGAUGCCAAAAUUUAUCAAAUCUACGAAGGUACCUCGCAGAUUCAAAGAUUGAUUAUAUCACGCUGUCUGUUGGGUGAAACCAAACAAAAAGCCAAUUAAACAGUACAAUCACGAAAGUAUAAUCAAGUUCCAAUAAUACUGUUUUGUAAGAGGAUCUCUACGAGAUUUCGUAGUUUUCCAAAAAGAUAAACAAGCACAUCCGGUUACGUCGUAAAAUUCAUUACUUUUUAUAUCUUCGGAGUUUACAUAUAUAAUGUGCGUAUAUAUAUAUUCUAAGAAAGAUUUUAUAACUU